GCUUUUUUAAUUCUCUCCACUUUAUUCUCUCCCAACCAAAACCCCCUGAAAAUGCUUCUUUUCCUAUGACACUUUUAUCAUCAUCCUGCACAUAAAAAAAAAAAAAACAAAAAUCCUUACUUUAAUGAAAAAAUCAGGAUGGUGGAUUUGAUGCUAUAUGAUGAUACAUGAUAAUUAAUCUUUCUGAAGUUUCCAGUAGGAACCAGCUGUUUUUUUGAUCAAAUGCUAGCACAGUACCCUUACAAGAUGAGAUAUGAUGGCACAAAGACUUUCAGUUUCAGAUUUUUUCCUUGUCAAAAACAAUAUGUUUUGAAUCUAUAUGAAGUUACAAGAUACCGAAAAAUUUGUGUUUUUAAUGGGCUGAAAAACCUUAAUGAGGAAAACUUGCAGUAGAGAGAGAAAGGGUAGAAGUGGGGACCACAGUCCAGAGAGUGAUAGAUGGGCCAUUGUUUUCCAAAUGCCCUUUUGGCUUUUGCAUGGAAGUAACCGGCCAUUGUAAUCUUCUUACAAAAAACACACAAACCUUCAUCAGAUUCGCCUUCUCUUUCCCUCUCUGAUGACUGUUUAGACGGCUCAUCUGUGACUGUCUCUCUUAAAAGCUUAACCCUUUUUUCUUUACUUGUUUAUAGAGGGGAAAGCUCUACUCUGCUCUCUCUUCUUUAACUUGUUUCUAUGAUCCUCUCUUCUUCUAUAUGAACACGACUCUGGUAUCAAAUCCAAGCUUUUCUUUUCUAUUUUAUCUCUUUGAUUAACAUAUAUCAAGGGUGAAUCUAACCUUAUUACUGUGUUCUGGGUUUUUAAUUUGGUUCUCUUCUGCUGCAAUUUUGAGCCACUCAAGUUGGGUUUUCUUCUAUUCAAGGAGAAUCCUUAUGUCCUGAUUGCUUGUUAAGAGGAGUAUCUGUCUGUAGAGGAUAGAAAUAUGGGGGCCUCUGGCUCUAAAAUAGAAGAGGAUAAGGCCCUGCAGUUAUGUCGUGAAAGGAAGAAGUUUGUUCGUCAGGCACUUGAUGGCAGAUGCUCACUGGCUGCUGCUCAUUUUGCAUAUAUUGAGACACUAAAAAGUACAGGAACUGCUCUUAGGAAGUUUGUUGAGCUUGAAGCUCCAGCUGUUUCUUCCCUUUACACUUCAACUAAUGCUACACCGGAGCCCCUAGCUUUAACUGAGAAAUCUCUUUCCCAGUUUUCAUACUCUUCUCCAUCUUUCUCUCAACGUGUAGAUGCAACUGAAACAUUUUCUCCAUCACCUUCUCCUCCUACUUCCAGUCAUUUUCAGGCAAACCAUAUGAAAUUUGGGGCUAUUUCUUCAAAAAAAGUUGAAGAGAAACCCCCUCUACCUGAUAUCAGAUUGGUAACCUCAUUAAGUACUCCACAGAAUACCACACCUCGUUCCACUGAAAAACCAGAAUCAUCACCGUUUGAAGCUUCUUCUUUUCCCUCAGGAACUCCACAAUGGGAUUUCUUUGGUCUUUGGCAUCCUAUUGACCAUCAAUUGUCAUUUCAAGAAGGGAAGGAAUUGAACCAAGGGUCUGAAACUGUUGAUCAUUUAAGACAACUUAGGGAAGAGGAGGGUCUUCCUGAGCUGGAAGAUGAAGAGGGGGUGUCUUUACAUGAAAGAGAAGAAACUCAGGCUUCAGAAGAUGAAUUCGAUGAUGAGCCUCCCACAGAUUCUCUAGUUCGAAGUUUUGAAAACCUGAAUAGAGUAAAUGACCAUAACGUAGGCAAAGCAUCAUCAAUGGUCCCUCCUGCUGGUAGUGUAGCUUCAGAAACUGACUUCCUCAAUGGGGAAAAGAGCAAUUCUCCUGAUUUGUCGCCAUUAGGAGGUACACCCUCCAGUGUUUCUAUUCUAACUGAAAUAAAGAAAACACCUGUCAAAGAAGAUGAUUCUGAAAACAAGGUUGCCGCUAAAGACUUCCCUUCUGUUAUGAAAGACAUUGAGUUCCUCUUUAUAAAAGCUUCUGAAUCUGGGAAAGAAGUUCCUAGGAUGCUUGAAGCUAAUAAGUUGCAUUUCCGUCCUAUUUUUCCAGGAAGAGAAGGUGGAUUGACAAUAUCCACGUUCUUCAGAGCCUGUUUCUCUUGUGGAGAAGAUCCUAGCCAAGUUAAAGAAGACCCUCCUCAAACUGGUGUAAAAUACUUGACAUGGCAUAGGACAACAUCGUCUCGAUCAUCUUCAUCUGGGAAUCCUCUGGGAUUAAACUCAAAGGAUGAUGUUGAGGACCUUAGCAACAAUCUUUUCUCUAAUACCUGCAUGAUUUCAGGCAGUGAUGCCUCAACCUUGGAUAGAUUGUAUGCAUGGGAGAGGAAGCUUUACGAUGAAGUAAAGGCCAGUGAGUUAAUCCGAAGUGAGUAUGACUUGAAGUGUAAAAUCUUAAGACAGAUGGAGUCAAGGGGAGAGAGUUCAAGCAAAAUUGACAAGACUCGAGCUGUUAUCAAGGAUUUGCACUCCAGAAUUAGAGUUGCAAUCCACAGAAUUCACUCAAUAUCAAAAAGGAUUGAGGAAUUACGGGACAAUGAGCUGCAGCCACAACUUGAGGAGUUGAUUGAAGGGUUGAGUCGAAUGUGGGAAGUGAUGUCUGAAUGUCACAGGCGUCAGUUUGAAAUUAUCUCUGUGGCAAACAAGAUUGGCAACAUGAAAAUCUCUGUACUGUCUGAAUCACAUUGGCAGAUCACUGCUCAUCUUGAAGAUGAGCUAAGGUCGCUCUCUUCAAGUUUUGCAAAGUGGUUUGGUGCCCAGAAAGCUUAUCUAAAGGCCAUAAACAGUUGGCUCGAGAAAUGUGUUCCUAUUGGAGAAAAAUCUUUAAAGAGAUCUAAGAGAAAAAACGAUGACCCCCAAGUUGUUUUGAGAAUACUUGGCCCUCCAAUAUAUGUAACAUGUGGUGUUUGGUACGACAAUCUUGAUAAUUUGGAGCCAGCUCUAAAGAAUGUCUCGGACUCCAUUAAAUGUUUGGCAGCUGAUACAUCUGGCUUUAUACCACAACAAGAAAAGGAGGGGAAGAAUGCCAGUCGUCCGUAUUCAGCAUCUGGGAAGGAUGACAACGGUGAUUCUGCAAUUAAUAUUUCCAGAGAUGAGGCUAUGAAAGAGAGGAUGUCAGCAUCAAGGAAAGAUGACAACAUCAGUGAUUCUGCAUAUAACAUGUUCAGAAAUGAUGCUUUGAAGGAUUCUUUUGGGACAAGCUUAGUUUGCUUUCUUGGACAAUUGAAGAGUUUUGCAGAAGAAUCCGUGAAGAUGUAUGCAGAACUUGACAAGGAAAUUCAAGACGCUAAGCGUAGGUAUGAUAUGCUUGUUCAAGGAGCUGAGAUUGGAAAUGAUGAAAGCAAUGUUCAGAGCAACGAUCAAAGCAAUAACCAAAGCAGCAGCGGUAAUCCAAGCGGCGAUCCAUCUAAGGAUCAACUGAAAUCAUAAGUGUAAAAUUAUUCUAUCUGGAAAAGAGUUGCUCUACAGAAGACAGACAUAAAUUUGUCAAGCAUUCGUGGCAAUUGCGUUUAAGAAAAAUCUGUCAAAUGAAGCAUUUCACAUAUGAUGCUGCAUUUUUAUAUCGAGAUCAGAAUAAAGGGAUAUAUGGUAGAUAUCCUUCUUUUACAUUCAGUAAGUCAAUAAAGAAGCUCAGCUUUUGUAAAAUGGAUUCCAUAAACGGGGUGAUCUGUAGGCCAUAGCUGUAUGUAGAGGUAUGAAAUAAAACUUGUAUAGUCACUUUCUUUGAUAUAUUUUCACCCGUAUAUUCUCAUUUUGGUUGAAGUAUCCAUGGUAAGGCAGUGAGCAGUAGCUUCUG